GUGGUGUGCGACGCGACGUUCCCAUUGCGGUUUCGUUGAUCGUCGUGUGGAAUCCAUCGCACGGAGUGAGAGAGCGACCACCGUUGAUGUCCGACAAGGAGCUCUCGUGAAAUCGUGGAAGGUGAUACGGCGGAUUUGUGCGUUCCUGGAAUAAACCAGCCGGCGACCUCGCGAAGGAGAGUGGAAAGAGCUCGGACGUGUGCCCGCCACAGGAAGUUCCCCUCUCUCGUGAAGCCGAGUAACGAUUACGGGAUCAGCGCAUUGGCAUCGAUCUUGUCGCACCUAUGGAUAUAUAUCGCCAUGGGGCCCGAGAUAGAAAAUAGGUGCGAUGGAGUCUCGCGGAGCCGGCUUCUACUAUGAGUUGAGGCUUCGUAAUUAAUCGGGACUGGCAUGGAGAAGGAGAACUCCGCAUCGGGCGGGGGCGGUGGAGGCGGCGGGGGUGGCGGAGCUGAAGCGGCGGCGGCGACUCCGGGCGCCACCUCCACCUCCGAGAAACUCCAGGCGGACCAGGCCAAUCCGUUGCUCGAUCCUACUGCACUCUUCGGCGCAUACUGGCCUCGAGGCGACAGCGCAGCGUCGUCGCUCUUCGGCGGGAUGCCGGGUUAUGGCCUGGGGGCCCACCAUUUGCCCUCGGCUUACGCUAUUCUGGCGGGGGGUUCAGCGCCUGGCUUCGGGGGCCACACACCAGCCUCGGCACCACCCCCGUCUCCGUAUCCUCACAGCAGCCUCGGUACGCUCAGCGUGGCCGCCAGUCAAGCUGCGAGUCUGGGCAUCAAUCCAGCAGCCAGUGCAUGGUGGACAAUGGCCUCUCAUCUGGCGGCGCAAGACUACCUCGCGAGGCUACAAGGAGCGGCAGGACUCCCAGGAUUUCCGCCCGGUGCCGAAAGCCUCCUGCCACCCUAUCCCGCCUCUCUACUUAAUCCCCCGUCCCUCUCGUCCCACAAGUCCAGUAAGUCUAAGUCAAGCAAGAGUCACAAGACGCCAGCUAGCAGUAGUAGCUCAACGACGCCAAGUAUGACGAGCAGCAGCCUGCCGGUGUCCACUCAAGCACCAGUGACGUCUUCUCAUCACAGCACCCCGGUCAGCAGCACGCCAAAUUCGCAAUCGAAUGUCGUCAGUUCUGCGAAAGAAGGAAGUGAUCCUAGCAGUAUAUUGGGAGGUGUGCGCCUACCUCCCGAUACGGAGAUUAUCAAGUAUACGUCGAGUAUAGUCGGUCCGAAGGUUCCUGGGACGACGAACCGUGGUAGGAAGAAGACAAUAUCCUUGGACACUCCCAGCGUCAGCGUACACCCGCCACCCGUCCCUGCUCUUAGCGCCCAUCAGACGAACACGACGUCAUCCUCGUCGCUAAUGAUGGAACCGAGGAAGUACAAUCGCACGGGGACCGACUCGAACGAGUACAGAGACUCGGUAGAUCGAGUAGAGGUAAUCAAACUGCCGGCCCAUUCAACGAACGGCUCCGUUCUGUCGGCGCCACCGACGUACACUAGCAGCAGCAGCAGCAGUAACAAUAGCAGCAACGCGAACAACAACAUCAACGAUUCGGAUGCGCCCCUAAAUCUCUCCCUGAAGCCCGCCACGACGAGCAGUAGCUCGCCGAUUUCUGGUAGUCAGCCGCUCAGUCAACUCAGUAAUUUAAGCCAAUCGUUACUUGCCUCCGAUCGAACAUCGAGACGAAAGCCCGGACCAAAACCGAGAAGAGUGCCACAGAAUUCGGUACCGGUACCGGCAUCGCCUAGUCCCUCCUUGGCGCAGCUCUUUGCCGCCGCGGACUCGCCACAGCGGCCGAGUAGCGGUAGCGAGGAGAGUGAGAGUGCGAGCACUGCCACCCAUCACAAGGACGGUAGGCCACGAAAUCUCGGCCGCGGUGUAUCGAAGCCUAAGAAAAACACGGUCGCCUCGCUGCUAGCCCAAAGCAGAGCUCUGGGGAUUAAACCUACACCGACUUUAGAUCCAAGUGUGCCAUUGUCUCAUCAAGUAUCGUUACUGAGAUCGAAUAUACUGGCGGCUCAAUUGCACGCUUCCGUCGCUACUGGCCAGGGUGAUGAUAAGAACCAGUACUAUCACUUGCUAACGAAGAUACAGAAGAAGAAGCGACCUCGACCAAUUCGUGCUUCGUGGGCGAGGAGCCAUGACAAGAUGAAAAACAAGUUGCUGGAGGCCUCGGGAGAGGAGAGUAACAUGGACGUGACCAGCGAGAGCGGUAGUAACACCGACGUUGUCACGGAUACCGAUGACGACAACGCGGAAGGCACACCCAGCGCGAAGAGGAGAAAACUCAGGCCCAGCGAAAGAGAUCUUCAAAUGCCCCUGGAACGGGGUUGGAAGCGUGAAACGGUUAUCAAGGGACUAGGAAAGACAGGAGUGAUAAAAGGCGACGUGUCGUAUUACAGCCCCUGCGGGAAAACUUUUAGGAGCAGUCCUGAUCUGGUGAAGUUUUUGGAACAUCAGAAUCCUGCCGAGCUAACAACCGCCAAUUUUUCGUUUUCUUCCCGUCCGUUGGUCGGAGAAUUUCUACAACCGACGAUGGGUCUAGCAGAGGCUGAAUUUGUCAGACUCGGUGCACAGGAAGUAGCGCGAAGACUGGAAGAACUCAGAGCAGCCGGUGGCUUCAGAGAUGCACGGACGAACAAUCAGUACGAAAGAGACAAGCUGGCUUAUGCGAAGAAGCUUGCGAAGGAAGAAGCGCAACGACACAAAGAACAGGCUAGGCUUAUUAAGGAGCAAGAGAAGACGGAACGGCAGGAGGCCGUGAGACGGGAACGGGAGAUCAGAAAUCAACAGCUACUCGAGGGUCGAAAGCGGCUCGCGUUCACGAUCAAGCAGAAAAUGAAGAUCAUCCAAGAGAUCGAGCGCGGCAAGAGCAAGAGCGACGUGGCUCGCGAACUGGGUCUGGCGAGCAGUACGGUCGCCACCAUCUGGAAGAAUCGCGAAAGCAUCGCCGAGAGCUGGCGCAACCGGGACAUGAUGCAGCAGACGGACGUCGAGGACGUGCCGUCGAAGAAGCCGCCGUCGAUGUCGUCCCUCUCAUCGACCACGGCGGCGCUUUGCACGCCAGUAGCGAUGACGACGACGACGACGAUGACGACGAUGACGACCGCAAUCACGACAACGCCACCGUCUCUAGCCUCUGGUGUGGUCGUGCCACCUCCUCAAGUGCAGGUGGUACCGCCGGUACUGCCGCCGCCACCACCUUACUCCACCUUGACCCUGCCGCCGGCGUCGGCGGGCCUCGUGCCGUCCCCGCAGCCGACGACGCCGAUCUCCUCCUCGUCGAGCCUGUCGUCGACCACCAUGUCGACCGGCACGACUACCACGACCAUGCCACCGGACAAUACCCAGCAGGCACAGACCCAGACGCAGAACCAGGAACUUCUGGAGGCACGGAAAAAACGGCAGGAAGAGGUGGAGAAGAUCCGACUGGAAGAACAACAAAGGAAGCAACAGGUAAUUCAACAAUCGUUACUAUUGGACUGUGGACUGUGUUUUGUGCCGCAGAUGUACAUGCAGGAACUCACCAAGCAGCGCGAGAUGCUCUACACCGUCGAGCUGGAGAGAGAGAGAAGAAGGCAGCACAUGACUCUGGUACGAGCGCUGGAGAACCGCCGAAAGAUGGAAGAGAAGGAGAAGAAACGCCUGGAGGCCAGGGCCGAAAGGAUAGCGACGAAGGAAAAGCGGGCGGAACAGAGGAGAGUCGAGUUGGAGUUGGUCGAACAAAUCCGCAAGCCCGUGGAAGAUAUGGAGCUGACAGAUCACAGACCACUGCCAGAAAUCAAAAGAAUACCUGGACUUAAGCUCUCCGGGCAAGCAUUUGCGGAUAUUGUCAUGGUCUUUGAAUUUCUGCAUAAUUUUGGAGAAACUUUAGGAUUCGAUAUGGAAUCGUUACCAAGUUUAAAGAGUCUUCAACUCGCCCUUCUUAACGAUGAGGAAGCCGAGGAGGAGAUGCUGUCGGUUAUGACGCAUCUGCUAGUAUGCGCCAUUGAAGAUCCAGGAAUCCCGCAACCGGCUAGACAUACUACGGGCUUGGGUCAAAGUUUGCGCCAGGCUGAUAUCACUCACGCCAACAUCAGUGAAGUAUUGCGAAUUUACUUGUACGCGAAUGCGACCGGCGAAGUAAAGGCUCUGACAGGAGUGUGCCUUGAGCGUGAGCGCGACAAGAAAUUUGCCGAUCAUCAUCAGAACGGCGGCGAUUACGCUUCAACCUGCUCAGGAAAAAAUGCGCAAUUCUAUGAGCACUUACAUAACAACGAAACAUGGAAGAUGUCGGAAAGAUUGCGAGACAAGCCUUUCCUAGCGUUGAAUCCAACACAUAAGGCGCAGAUGCUCGCUUUUCUCUGCAAUGAGCUGCUGCAAAAUAAGGCUGUGAUCAGACAGAUAGAGGGUAGCCUCGAGACAGUAGCACAGUUGAGGAAGGAGAGAUUCGUGUUGGAUACGAAGAUUAGAAAGCUUAGACAAUUACAUAGUCGAAAAAUCCGAAUGGAAGCUGUGGGUGUUAUCGUGAACAAGAUUGGCGACACAAUCACCAUUGAGAAGAAGGAGGGUGAAGAAGAAGGCAAUACUACGUCUACUGCUGUCGGUACAACACCUACGCCAGAUGAGAUUCAUCAUGAGGACGAAGUGGAAGACAUGUCUGAAAACGAGAGCGAAGGCACUCAGCCAGAAGAGGAGGAGGAUAAAAAUUUGUCUGGCGAAGAGUUGGGUAAAAAAUUGGAUAAACUAUUGAAACAAUCAGAGGAACAACUACAAAAGCUGAAUAGUUCCUCAAAACAACUCCGUGCGCACAUAUUCGGCCAGGACAGAUAUUGGAGAAGAUAUUGGGAAUUAGCAUGUGCCGGUGGUAUUUUCGUAGAAGCUAUGGAGAGUGCCGAACCAGAGAUUCUCGAACUUCAAGCCGAGCUCGACGAGAAGUACGAAAACAUGCCAGUGGAGGAGAAGUCUGAAGUGAAGCAAGAGGGUGAAAGCAAAACGAAUUCCGAAAAUCGCGAAAAUGAAGCACCCAAUGAAGUUAAGGAUGAAAAGAAACGUAAUUUGAGCGAACAAGAUGAGGAUAUAAAAUCUCACGGUGAUAAAGUGAAAUCUGAGAAGGAAGAAAUCAAUUGUAAGAAGGAGCCUAUACAAAAUUGUGGUUCGGAAAAUUCCGAGAGUAUAAAGGAAGAGAAGAAAAACAACGACGUUGAUAGUACAAUGACAGAUGCAAAAACGAAUGUUACAUCCGAAGAAAUAAAACAAGAAACGGAGGUGAUCAAUGCAUGUGUCAACAUGAAGGCAGAGGAAGUGAAGAAAGAGAAUGCGGAGAUGGAUGAUAUGAUGAAACCUAUAGUGAAAACGAUGGAGGAUAAAAUCGUCGAGACGAUACCGAAUGGCGACAAGUACAACCACGUCAAUAACCUACACAAUGGAAAGGAACUCAACGGCUCCUUUAUUUCUAUUAUGUCGAUUAUUUCAGACAAUAGUAAUGCCGAACCUAAUUGGUUUUCCAUCUUACCGCGAGAAACGUGCGAUACUCCGGGACCUAGCACUAAGCAAAUCUUUGGCAUAGCCGAGCCCACCGAGCUUAGAAUCCCUGUGUUUCCACCGCCAGCUAGUCCGAGUUACGAUAGAUGCGACAGUCCAGCGCCUCUGAUAUUAACUCAAGAUGAGGCAGCGCAAUUAGAAUAUUUGAAAGUGCACGGUUUACCGCCUCCUGGUGAAGCUAAACCAGUAUCGAAAGAUUUGAGAUAUGGUUGGUGGAGGAUAACCGACGUCGACACGUUCCAAGAACUCCUUGAACAUUUACAUUCUCGUGGCGUCCGUGAGAAAGAAUUGAAGCGUACGACGUGGGCAACGAUGGAGUCCUUCCUAGCCGUAACCGGUAGAAUUAAUGUUGAUGCCGGCAACAUUACUGCCACGGAACUUCAAGCGGAAGCAGACCAUCCUGAUACGCCAAUUCCGAAGCCUGAUAAUCCGAGCGACUGGAGCGAGCAAGUAGCGCUACGAGUAGAUGCCCAACUCUUAGAACAAGUGGAAGCGCUUGAAGAUAAAGUGGCUAACGCUAGUAUGCAAGUUAAAGGCUGGAAACUACCACCGCGAGCGGGAACCGAGGAAGCCGAGGAAAUUGAGAAGUUGAAUGAAAUGGAAAAGAUCAGCGCCGUCGAGCAAGCACGGCAAAGGUUACUUUCUUUGGAGGCGGCUAUAGAAAGGAGAUAUCUGAAACCACCUCUAGGUGUUUGCACGGGAGAUCCCAACUUAGCAGCCCUGAAGGCAGAACAGGCGGCGGCCGCUAAUGCAAAUUCGAAUAAUUCCGAGCAGAAUAACCAGGCGCCUGCACCGCCAGAGGAAACAACGCCUCGAGGUCUCAAUACUUGGCGAGAGGCGACAGCGCGAGCGCAUACGUCGGCGCAACUCGCUAUGGCGCUCUACAUGCUCGAGGCCAGCAUCGCUUGGGACAAGAGCAUCAUGAAGGCUGUGAGUCUAACAACAGCUAGAAACUCGGUCUGCGCCAAGCUACGAAACCGCUGCGUCUCACUCAAAGCUACCAAUCAGUACAAACAGCUAUUGACUACUUCUCAGACCUCUAAUUGCCAGUUUUGUCAUAGCGGCGACAACGAAGAUAAGUUGCUGCUCUGUGAUGGCUGUGACCGUGGCUACCAUACUUAUUGUUUCCGUCCAAAAAUGGAAAACAUUCCUGAUGGUGAUUGGUAUUGUCACGAAUGUAUGAAUAAAGCAACAGGCGAACGUAAUUGUUUAGUGUGCGGGAAGAGAGCGGGUAAAAAUCUGGUCCUAUGCGAACUCUGUCCUAGGGCUUAUCACACUGACUGCCAUAAUCCUGUCAUGCCAAAAAUGCCACGAGGGAAAUGGUAUUGCUCUAAUUGCCACAGUAAACAACCAAAGAAGAGAAAUAGUAGUCGAAGGAGUCAUACCAAAGGGGGAGGCACCAGAGAAAGUGAAAGUUCUGAUCAUCCACCAGCUAGUCCAACGCCAUCAACGGCAUCGAACACGCACGUAGAGGAUGUCAGUUCAUCGGAACCGCCAACUCCUACCGCCUCACCACGGAAGGAGGGUAACAAUCGGACGCUCACGAAGAAGCAACAACGAGAGCUGGCGCCUUGUAAGAUACUCCUCGAACAGUUGGAGCAGCAGGACGAGGCCUGGCCGUUCCUCCUGCCGGUGAACACCAAACAGUUCCCGACCUACAAGAAAAUCAUAAAAACCCCCAUGGAUCUCAGUACGAUUAAGAAGAAGUUGCAGGACUCCGCGUACAAGUCUCGCGAUGAGUUUUGCGCCGAUGUCAGGCAGAUGUUCAUCAACUGCGAGGUAUUCAACGAAGACGACAGUCCUGUGGGCAAGGCCGGCCACGGGAUGCGCAGUUUCUUCGAAAUGCGCUGGACCGAGAUCACCGGCGCACCGCCUCCGCACCCACAAACGCAUAGCUGAGGCUCGGUACGUUCGCGCAACACCUGCAACAGCUUCGCUCACUUCUACUAUUAGGAUCGCGCGCCGCACUGUCAUCGCGAUAGCUCGACAGUCGUCGAAGGGGACUGAUCCAUCCUCUACUACUUCACUUCCGAGCAUUAAUCGGCCUCGUUCUAGCGGCUGAUCGGAUUUUCCAUUGUAAUAGUAAUCGUUGCGAACGCGGGUACAUUCUCGCCUAUCAUCCAUUCUCGCUGUUCAUCACGUAUGCGAGUAUGCGUUUUUCUCGCGUUUCAUAAGAGAUGCUCUAGAUACUCGAGUAUACUGUGACACGAAUGUCUCGUACUUUAUUUCCCUAUUAGCAUCUUAUGACGCAGUUUUCGUCGAAUUUACUCAUUGUAAAGUAUUAAUAUCGAGACGUUCUUGGCCGAUCGGAUAUUCGGCUUCGGUUUAACGAAUAAAGUGUGAAACUUUGCACUUAAGUCGAGAUCUUGGUCUGUAGUAACAAGACGCUUCUCGACAUCUGAUUAAUCAGAUAAGAGCAUGUGAGCAUUGUUUCGAUCUCUAUUGACUAGGACCGAGCAAUGCGAAUGGUCAUUGUACUUACCGAUAAACAAGUGAACAGUUUGCCUAAGCGACAAAAAUGUAAUUUGCGAUUGUAUUAUACGGGCUUAAUGCCGACGCAUCGUCGACGAAAGAAAUAUUUUGCAAAGUAAUAAAUGUGAAAAA